AUGAAAGACGUCCUGCCUUCGUCCUCCCGGGCCUCCCGGCAUUCUGCCUAUCUCAAGAAGCGUCCCUCCCCCCAUGGCGUUUCCAAGUCUCGCAAACAGUCAUCACCCGUCUACAUCCCUCUAGGCGCGGUCCGGAAGACCCCGCGUGCUGUCAAAGCCGAGCUCAUCUCGCAGCGGCAGAGGCAAAUGCAGCUUCUCCUGAUGCGAAGGGACGGCAUCUACUUGGAGGAAGAGUACCGCGAAGAGAUUCGUCGGUAUAUGCAUGAAAUGGAGAACUGCACCGCAGUUUCCAUGCAAUCAAUGGACCAACAACCGGAGAUUCGGUGGCACAUGCGACCAUGCCUCGUCGACUUCCUCGUCGAAAUCCACUUUACGUUCCGCCUCCGUCCGGAAACGUUAUACCUCACUCUGAACAUUAUCGACCGCUACGUCUCGAGGCGUAUUGUGUACGUCAAGCACUAUCAGUUGGUCGGUUGCGCGGCGCUGUGGAUUGCGGCGAAGUUCGAGGAUGCGAAGGAGCGCGUACCUACCGUGUCGGACCUGGCGCACAUCUGCCAGGACACCUACGACGAAUCUGCGUUCAUCCAAAUGGAGCAGCAUGUUCUGUCGACGAUCCAAUGGACCCUCGGGCAUCCUACGGCAGAAGCCUGGCUACGGCUCAUGUGCUGUACUCCGUGCUUGGAAGACGCGAAAAUCCAACACGUCGCUCGAUUUUUGAUGGAGAUCACACUCUUUCAUCGGGAAUUCUGCGAGUUUUCGCCCUCGAGUAUUGCCUUGGGCUCCCUCACUCUUGCUCGUUUCCUGAGCGGGAAGCCACGCCGUUUCUUCGAGGAGACAGAAGAAUGCCUUCAGGUCGUCGACCUCCUGGAUCAACGACUCUCGCAACACGUCGAGGACUUGUCCAAGAUACUGGUCAAAAAAUACUCGUACGCAUUCUUCUCAAAGGCAUCGACAUCAGUCGUGCAAUACUACCUCGAAGGCAAGCGGUUCCAUCGACAGCCCCUCGCUCCCCUCCCUAUGACACCGGUUCGUCAUUACUCGUCGAAGGCGUCCACGCCGAUGAGUGUGUCGACAACGGCCUCAGAUCUGUCCGACGACAUGCCGGUAACACCGACGAGCCCAACGUUCUCGAGCGACGUCUUCUCGAGUUCGAUGCUCUCGGACGCCAUGAUGUCUGACGACAAGGAGAACGUGCCGUCCCCGACGUUUGAACCCGUACUCAACAAGCAAUACGUGGAGCCUGCGCCGGAGCAGUUCCUGCCCCAGGACUAUCUCAAGUUUGGACGACAAGCUCUACACAGUCUGAACCUGGUGUCCCCUCGUACGGCGGCUGUCUCAUGA